UGUAUAGUUCAUUUGCAGUACAAUCUUUCACAAAGCGUCGUUCAUAAUAGUGACAAAUGCGGUGAAUAGAUCUAUAAAACAUCAACAGCGCAUGAGCUCAUCGCCCCAUUCGUUUAACAUCGUGGUAUCACAUCAGUCCCAUCAGCUCCAGAGGAGAUUAGCAAAUCUGAUUCAGGCGCCAUCCGGUUUCGGUUGCAACAAACAAAUAAAAUGUGGUCACAUGACGGUACGGAAGCAGAUCUAAACAGAACAACAAGAUGGCAUCGCACCCGGGAGGAGGUGAUCAAGGUAGCAACGGAAACAGCAAAGAGCAGAUACUGGAAGUAGGAGCUGUUUUGUUAAAGGACUUCAUCUACGAGCGUGUCCAGCGGCAUGGAGACGACAAUACUAAAGUGACAAGGGCACAGCUGGGUGGAGGAGAGCUGUGUGACCCAAACCACAAGAAGCUUGCCCAGUGCCUGCAGCAGAUUGGAGAUGAGUUGGAUGGAAAUGUAGAGCUCCAAAGGAUGAUAAACGACACUUCACUCAGUCCCACGAAAGAGAUGUUUAUGAGAGUCGCCGUCGAGAUCUUCUCGGAUGGAAAAUUCAACUGGGGCAGGGUGGUUGCGCUGUUCUACUUUGCCUGUCGACUCGUCAUCAAAGCUCUUGUGACUAAUGUCCCUGAUAUCAUCAGAACAAUAAUCACUUGGACCAUGGACUACCUCCGGGAACAUGUGAUCAACUGGAUCAGGGAUCAAGGUGGCUGGGAGGGCAUUCGCUCCCACUUCGGCACUCCCACAUGGCAAACGGUGGGGGUUUUCCUUGCGGGUGUCCUCACCACUGUUCUAGUCAUUCGCAAGAUGUGAGGGGUCUGUGAAGAGCUGACAGUGGAAAGAUGAGAAUAACUGCAACAAUGGGGAACAUGGAAGCAGGAAGACAACCAGGACAACAGAAAGAAGCUAUGGCAUAGUGAACAAGUUGAACAGGAAGAACUUGUAUUUGGAUGCGAGGAAACACGCUCCAUUUCUGUCUCCCAUUCAUUACUCAGAAUUGGGAGUUGGACUGAAUGCGCUGUCGUACCCAUAAUCCCUAUGCCGCUGUGGAAGUGAGCGGUGCAUGAUUAUAUGCACAACAUGGGAGGGAGGGGAGAGGUUGUCAGACUUGAACAGGGAACGUAUUAUAAGUAAUUUAUUUUUUACUUGGUACAGAUUAAAACAAGUCACUGCAUUCUGUUUUCUGCCCUAAUUGCCGAAACAUCUACGGACUGAAAUCUUUUUUUUUUUUCUUUUUUUUUUGAUGGAAUUAGGGGUCUCCUCUUUGCAUUGUUUUCAUUGUAGUUUUACUUUCGUUCCACUUGACUCGCUUUUCUGAUCUCCCCACUUUCUCUUAUCAAUUUCAUCAUGGUUUGUGUAUGCUUGAGAAUACAUCUUCAUAUGUAUUUGUGAGUAUUUACUGGUGUAACUCUGUAAUGAUCUGCUGACUUGAGGGUGGUCACAUCAAGUUAAAAUCAAGUUUAAAAAAAAAAAAAAAAGAGAGAGAUUUUUACAAACAAUUAUUUAAUUUGCCAAGAAGAUAAUGAAGAUAGAGACAAAUUACAUCUCAAAUAAUAAUAUGGGCUCAAACAUACCCAGAUAAUUCCUCCCGUUUUUUUCCUGUGAAUGCGUUCUAUAACCUUAUUUCACCGGAUAACAAUUUGAAGUGCCACAGCAGGAACUUGUCUCCAAAGCAAUAUGUGUAUCCAUGUUUAGACAUGUCCUGCAUCUUCUCAUGUGUAAAAAAAAAAAAAAAAAAAAAAAAAGGCAUAUGACCUCAGCAAACUUGACAGUAAACAAUAUACUACUACUUUUUUAAUGUCACAUUUAAUCAUAGGCUGCAAUUUGACAUUUUGACCAGAAUUGUGACCUUAAUGUGGCUCCCACAAAGAGGAACCUUCCUUGUGAUUGGAGCCAUAUGUCAUGAACUGACAUUUCCUGUGGUCUAAGAAAGAUGUUGUUCUGCAGACACAGAAAGCACUGGACUCACAGAUGCUUACCUCACUUUACAAGUACUGUAUUUUUAACGUGAGUUUUUCAAACUGCAACAGAAAAAAACAUGUUUUUAUAUAUUCUUGUUUGUUAGUGCCUUUGUGUUCAUUUUUUACUAUGAAGACACUGAUUUUUUCACCUUUUUCUAUUACAUUUGUAAAGCUGAAAUUUGUUUCAAUUUUCCCUCAAAGUCUUUGCAGUGACCUUGUAUGUUGGAAUAAAUAAAAUCUUUACACGCUUA